ACGCCAUUGGGCGAGACGCGCUUUGCUCUGCGCCAGUCAAGUCGAGUGGGCGGGCGCUGGUCGUCCGAGCUGGGCAUUCUGCAAUCGGCCUCCAUCCCCGUUGUCAAUUCGCAUAAUGUCCAAGCCCGUCAAGGUCGAGAAGGUUGAGGAAGUGGUCAAGCUUGGCCCUACCGCCCGCGAGGGCCAGGAAGUGUUCGGCGUCGCCCACAUCUUCGCCUCGUUCAACGACACGUUCGUGCACGUCACGGACCUCUCGGGCCGCGAGACCAUCGUCCGUGUCACGGGCGGCAUGAAGGUCAAGGCCGAUCGCGAUGAAGCUUCGCCCUACGCUGCCAUGUUGGCUGCCCAGGACGUCGCCGCCAAGUGCAAGGAGGUCGGCAUCACGGCCCUCCACGUCAAGAUCCGUGCCACGGGUGGCAACCGCACCAAGACCCCCGGCCCUGGUGCCCAGUCGGCCCUCCGCGCCCUUGCCCGUAACGGCAUGAAGAUUGGCCGCAUUGAGGAUGCCACGCCGAUCCCCACGGACUCGACCCGCCGAAAGGGUGGUCGCCGUGGUCGCCGCCUCUAAGCGCGCUGCCCAAACGGCUCGACACCGCCUGGUGUCGUGGUUUGUGGCAGCUUGCUUUCGGGGUUCAACCUCUUGGCUUUCUGGCUCGGGCCUUCUCGCGCUUGGUUGUUUAAGACUCUAAUUUAAUCACCCACGUGUGUUGGACUGCUCGAAA